GAAUCUGGUUUUCCUUGGGGGAUUUCCACUCAGCUCUUUCCGUCCAUCAUAAACGGCUCUUUUCGUCCACAUUUCACCCACUUUCCUUUCAAGAGCGCCAGGUUUUCACUAUGACUAAAGUGAUAGCAGGAACUCUUCACCGAUGAGUCAGGUGGAGAUAAGCCAUGGGAAGGGCGUGGGGGUGGACGCGGUGGCAGUGUGCAUUUACAUGUCAGAGCUUUCAGAUUUGUGAUGCGCUGUCUUCGGUGAGUCCGAGGUCCUGGUCAUUCAUAAUUAAAACGUACGUGAGAGGUUGGAGUCUGAUGAGCCCGCAGAUUUGUGGAGGAGGCAGUCCGUUCGGUAGCAAAGCUGGCCUUACGAGGGCUGAAGAGCCGAAAAAGCAAAGGGGUUUGGACAUUCAGUCCGCACACCCACCAGCCACAAAGGGUCUGGCUGGGUUAUCUCAGGAAAUUCAGCAGCUGUGAUUUCCACCCCCCUUUUGCCUGCAUUCCUAAUGGAGCAUUUUAUAUUUUCAGUCACGUUGUUAAACAGGGUGUAAAUGAAUAAAUAUACCUACUGUCCUUAAAACACAAAAAUCCAAAUUGUUAAUUGUUUGCAGCUAGACCGGGAAAGGGCCCAUCGAUCUUGAGUUUCAGUAAUUACAAAGGUAAAAGCAAGGUCUUCAGCCGGCCCGUGAGGGGCCCGCGCUGCAUACAUCUCAAGGCUUUGUCCCGGGCCGCUGGACAGGACAGAGGGAUCCGGCUCCUCUUAGGAUCUUGACUGGUCUUCGUUUAGCCCUCGGGGCCCUCGUGCCUCCUUCCCCUCUGCAGCCCCAUCACCCGCCUUCCCUGCGGGCAGCCUGUGCUCCAGCCACGCGCUCUGUCUGUCUCCUGUCCUUGAAAUGCCCUUCACGCGUCCUGCCUGACUCCUCCCAGGUUUCUGACUCCUGCUCGUUCUGUAGAAUGCCUUCCCUGCCCUCCCUCUCGGCUGCACCUGCGCCACGUCCGGACCGCCGCCCCCGUCCUGCGUGGUGCUCAGCAUGCUGACGCGUGGUGACGGACUGACCUGUCCUGGUCCCACACAAGUCUUUCAGACGGGACCACGCUUCUCAGGCCUCCGUCCUCCGCGUCUAGCCGGGCCCAGUACAUCCUGGACACGCACCGGGCUAGGAGAAGCGGGUAAUGUGAUGACGGAGUCCAGGCUCUGGGACCCGAGUCGCAGCUGGCCCUGCUUCUCGCUGAGUCACCUUAGGUACAGUGCGUGACUUCUCAGUGCCUCCGUGUCCUCGUUUGUAUAGGACAGGGGUUUGCACAGUGCCCAGCUCAGAUGUUAGUGUGGGAAUUAAGGGAGGAAACCAGCGACAGGAGCGCCGUAGGGGUUAAAGAGCGUGGCCCCUGGAGCCAGGUCCCCUGGUGUGCGUCCUGCUCGGCUGUUCAUUGUGCGCGUGACCUGGGCCAAGUUACUGCCCCUCUGGGCCUGUUUCCUCGUCUCUAAAAUAACCGAGUACCCACCUCCCAGGGUUGCUGUAGGUACGCAGUUAAGGCGUAAACAUGUGGACGCCAUGUGGACGCCACGUGUGGCAGAGCAGGCACGCGAAUCCGAGCCACUCGUGGGUGUCCAUUAGCGCUCAGGGCAGUGGGACGGGAGAUGCCCAGCUGCGUCCCACACUGCGUGCCAGGACUGCGCGUGCCCGGCCACUUUCCGAGCCGGUGGUCUCGUGGGGGGCUCUAAAUGCGGCUGUAGCCAAAUGAAUGGUUUAAGCAGUUUACGGGGACAGCGACUCUUUCUCUUAAGGCCUCACUCUGAGUGACUUAUUUUUUUCCUAAUUCCCGAACGUUUUCGCUCAAAGAGUAUGGGAGCCUGUGGUUCAAGGGAUUAGAAGUAGGGACUUGGAACAAAAACAGCGAUCACGAUCAUUUGAGAAAAGCAAAAGAAGGACACUUUUUUGGACCGCGUCGUUUGUGGCAUGCAGUGGUGGGGGACGGACGGUGUGGGGUCGCAGUUGCCACACGGCCAGGAACAUGGAAGUGUCCCGUGGUUUCAUCCUCGCCCAGCCUUUCGGCCUGUGCCUGUGGUUUCAUCCCUGGGUGUCUCAGUUUGGAUUCCCCCACGAGCAGACCCUGAGACGGGAAUGCAGAGUGGAUGUUUGCUUGGGAAGUGAUCCCAGGAAGCACAGGAGGUCGUAGGGAACGAGGAGCGAGAAGGGGCGCCCGUAGAAGGCACACUCGGCAGCAGGUGUCUGCUCACGUUUGGAAAAUCAGACUGAAUUCCCGAAAAAACCCGAGCCAAUUUUUCUAUCAAACUUCAUCUCCGGUAAGGACACCCUUCCAGCUGUUCUGGUCGGAUUCGUGGCGCUUUCUUUAAUUCCUCGCCUUCUCACCCUCUACAGUCAGUCCGUUAGACGUCCUAGUAACUAACUGCCUCGGCUCCCCUGCUACUACCCUGCUCCCCCACCGUCCUGUCUCCCCUGGGUCACUGCUGCAGGCUGCCAGCUGGUCCAGGCUGCCAUCACCUGUCCCCUGCCUCCUUGCUGCGGGCUCCCAGCUGGCCUCCCACCUUUCCUGUUUUCCGUGCUCUCUUCUCGACAAUGUAGCCGGAGGGAUCGUUUUGAAACAUAACUCAAGUCAUUGUCAUUUUUCUGCCCAGAAUCUUGGAGUGACCCUCGGUUUCACUUCUGGCAGAAAGCUCAGUUUGCCUGCGGUUCGCUCAGCCCUGCAGUCGGCGGCUCCCUGCUCCAGCCCUGCUGCCUCUUGCGCCCCGUGCCGCUCGCGCUGCCCUUCCCUGGGUGAUUGCCAUGGCUCCUUGCCUUCUUCAGAGCUUCUCAGAUGGCAUUUUGUCGAAUAAGCCCACGCGAUGGAGGGGUUGCUGCAUUACAUCAACCCGGCCCACGCCAUCUCCCUCCUCAGUGCGCUCAACGAGGAGCGCCUCAAAGGGCAGCUGUGUGACGUGCUGCUGAUCGUCGGGGACCAGAAGUUUCGAGCUCAUAAAAAUGUCUUGGCUGCCAGCAGCGAAUAUUUUCAGAGUCUGUUCACGAAUAAGGAGAACGAGGCCCAAACCGUAUUUCAACUUGAUUUUUGUGAACCCGAUGCUUUUGAUAAUGUUUUGAACUACAUUUAUUCUUCGUCCUUAUUUAUCGAGAAAGGCAGUCUCGCCGCCGUCCAAGAGCUGGGCUACAGCCUCGGGAUUUCCUUUCUGACGAACAUCGUCUCGAAAACACCUCAGGCACCCUUUCCAACGUGUCCCAACAGGAAGAAGAUACUCGUAGAAGAGGACGAAAGCAGUUCUCAGAAGAGAAGUGUCAUCGUGUGUCAAAGCCGAAACGAAGCACGAGGCAAAACUGUCGGUCAGAAUCAGCCCGACCUGAGCCACACCUCGCGGCCCUCCCCCGGCCUCGCGGUCAAGACCGGCACCGGGAAGCCCCACGUCCCAAAGCCAGCGGAAGCGCCUCACGCGUCGCCAGUAGCCGAAAAGACUUGGCCCAGAGAUGGCCCUGCGGGCUGCGUGAAGUCCCUCGAGCGUCCCGGCUCUGUGGACGACCCUCACAGAAGCAGCUUAGCGAAGAGCAACGCGGUGCCGCCUGGCAAGCCGCUGCAGGACAGAGAGGGGACGGACGAGAAACCGUGUCUGAGCGGCCAGCUGCCCAAAGGAAAAGCCAUAGAGCUGGCCUUGAAGAGACCACGGCCGCCCGUCCUGUCUCUUCGAAGCGCGUCGGAGACCCCCUACGUGUUGAAGGAAACCGGCAAAGGAGGCGGCCCGGGCGAAGACAGGAACCUGCUGUACUAUUCGAAGCUGGGGUUGGUGGUCCCGUCCGGCGGCUCUGGUUCCGGAAAGCAAGGCAUCGACAGAAGCGGCCCGCUGGUGAAGAGUCUGCUCAGGCGCUCGCUGUCCAUGGACAGCCAGGUUCCCGUCUACUCGCCCGCCAUAGACCUGAAGUCUUCCCAGGGGCCCUCGGCAGCGUCCGGGGAGGUGCCCGCCAACGUGUUCUGUGCUCUGUCUCAAAAGCCGUCUGUGAAAGAGUGCGACGACGCGUCAGCCCUCGACGAGCGGACUCCGGCGCCCCAGCCGCACCGCCUCAGGUCCUUCAGCGCCUCUCAGUCCACGGACAGGGAGGGCGAGCCUGCCGUGGCCGAGGUGCACGUCAAGACGGAGCCCCGCAGCCCGCUGUCGGACCCCUCCGACAUCAUCCGAGUCACCGUGGGAGACCCGGCGGCCGCGUCGUCCGUCACGAGAGACCUCUCCCUGAAGACCGAAGACGACCAAAGAGACAUGAGCAGACUCCCGGCCAAAAGGAGGUUCCAGGCGGACCGAAGACUGCCGUUUAAGAAGGUAAAGGAGGGCGAGCACGGGUCUCCGGUGUCCGAACAGAACUUGGAGGAGGGCUCGAGCCCUCCUCUCCCCGAUGCCGACUUUCCAGACUCUGACUUGAAUAAAGAGGAAUUUGGUGAGUUGGAGGGAACGAGACCAAACAAAAAGUUUAAAUGCAAACAUUGCCUUAAGAUCUUUAGAUCCACAGCAGGCCUUCACCGGCACAUUAACAUGUACCACAACCCAGAGAAGCCCUAUGCUUGCGACAUCUGCCACAAGCGCUUUCACACGAACUUCAAAGUGUGGACGCACUGCCAGACCCAGCACGGCGUGGUGAGGAACCCGUCGCCGGCCUCUAGCUCACACGCCGUGCUGGACGAGAAGUUCCAGAGAAAGCUCAUUGACAUAGUGAGAGAGCGAGAGAUUAAGAAGGCCCUGAUCUUUAAGCUGAGGCGCAGCAAGCCCGCUUUUCAGGCGCAGACUAGCUCCCAGGCCCAAGCCAUCAAGAGGAACUUGCGGUCCCGAGCCAAAGGAGCGUACGUGUGCACUUACUGCGGAAAGGCCUAUCGCUUUCUCUCGCAGUUCAAGCAGCACGUAAAGAUGCACCCGGGAGAAAAGCCCGUUGGCGUCACUAGAGCUGCUAAGCCCAGGGAGCAUGUUUCUCUGGAGAGCCCGGUAGAGAACAAGGAGGUUUACCAGUGCCGCCUCUGUAAUGCUAAGCUCUCUUCUCUUCUAGAGCAAGGAAGCCACGAGCGGCUGUGCCGAAACGCAACCGUUUGCCCCUACUGCAGCCUUAGGUUUUUCUCGCCCGAGCUCAAGCGGGAGCACGAGGGCAAGUGCGAGUACAAGAAGCUGACGUGCCUCGAGUGCAUGCGUACCUUCAAGUCCUCCUUCAGCAUCUGGCGGCACCAGGUCGAGGUCCACAACCAGAACACGAUGGCGCCGGCCGAGCACUUCUCCCUGCCCGGCCUGGACCACAACGGCGACGCGACCGCCGCCUCCAGGCCCCAGGCCCAGGCCGAGCCUCCGAAAGCCAACCACGCGGCGGCCGCCAAGGACGACGCCGCGUUCAGCGACUGUUCCGAGCAGGUGAACUUCGACUCCGAGGAUUCUUCCUGCCUCCCCGAGGACCUCAGCCUUUCGAAGCAGCUGAAAAUCCACGUCAAGGAGGAGCCCGCCGAGGAGGCCGAGGAGGAGGCGCCCGAGGCCCGCGCGGCCGCCAAGGACGCGGGCCCCAGCAAGGACAGCAGCCUGUGGCCAUGCGAGAAGUGCGGCAAGACGUUCACGGCGCACAAGCAGCUGGAGCGGCACCAGGAGCUGCUGUGCUCCGUGAAGCCCUUCAUCUGCCACGUUUGCAACAAAGCCUUCCGCACCAACUUCCGCCUCUGGAGCCACUUCCAGUCCCACAUGUCCCAGGCCGCCGAGGAGCCGGCGCACAAGGACCCGGAAGCCUGCCCCGUCCCCACAAACUCGCCGUCCCCGCCCCCGCUGCCCCCGCCCCCGCCGCUGCCCAAGAUCCAGCCCCUGGAGCCCGACAGCCCGACGGGCGUGGCCGAGACCCCCACGCCGGCCACCGAGAAACUCUUUGUGCCCCAGGAAUCCGACACGCUGUUCUACCACGCCCCGCCCCUCUCGGCAAUCACAUUUAAAAGACAGUUCAUGUGUAAACUGUGCCACAGGACAUUCAAGACCGCCUUCAGUCUUUGGAGUCACGAACAAAGCCACAACUGAAGGGCCGGCCCCUUCGGCCCCUUAACGGAAGGGGAGGCGGUCCCCAGGUUUCAACCCAAACUGUGAGCCGCGCAUGAGAAACAAAAUAUUUUUUCAAGAGAAGGAAUAAUAAAGGUUGGAAAUUGUUACGCUUGAAUAGAAGCUCGAGGGAAAUCGAUAUCAAUUAGCAAAGUCCUUACUCAGCUUAGAAAAACUAAACUACGUCGUGCUCUGGACCUUACGGUCACACGACGACUGGACUUCAUCAAUGUUGAAAUUUUGAUCGAUCCCGGUUGUUUGCAUGGUUCCUCAUUCCACGGUGUCAGUAUACUCUUUUACUGGAGGUUGUUUUGGUUUUUUACUGAUUUGCAGCCCGUGAAAUACUACUUAAGUAUUUCUUUCGAUUAUAGCAGACACCUAAGUUCUAGUUAAGCCUCAGCCACGUCCUGGAGUCCGCAGUGUAUCAGGAGGAAGGGGAGAGUAGUCUGCAGUGUUGACUUAGAUCUUAGGAUACUUUAGCAAUAAAACAAUGAUAAGCCUCAACUGUAAUAAGUUAUCCUGACACUUGAUAACAAUAAAUAUUUGGUAUUUUGUGGUCACGUA